AGUUGACGGGGUGUGCAACCACCAAGGAUACCCCGGGGAGAAGCUCUAAGCACCAGCUACAACUUUUAGAGCUGUGUCAAGACGCAAUGGCCACAGACGGCCCGGUGAACAUAACCCCCUCUGAGCGCCCUGUUGGCAACAGCCCUGUGGACGGCUUCGUUUGGCAGCCAGACUCGCUUAACAUGCACGUCAUCAGGCCCAAGUCCGCCAAGGGACGAACCCGGCCGAGUCUGCACCAGCCCCAGGGUUUCCACCACACGCCUUCCUCUCCACCCUCAGCCCUUCCCUGCGAGUUGCCAAGCAGCCAGAAAUCCGGAGCCUGUGCACCCAGAUCUCCACAUCAGGGCGCUCCGGAUGAGAUCCCUGAGCUGCUUCAGCUGGCGCCAGUGGGGGCCUCCUCCUCCCUCAAUAAAUACCCAGUCCUUCCGUCCAUCAACAGGAAGACGCUGGAGGAGGGGGCUGUGGACACAGUCGCUAAAAAGGCUGGCUCCCUGCAGCUGAGCAGCGUCCAGGCCCUUUACCGAGAGGACACCUGCACCAUGAAGACCAGUGAAGAAGACUCCAGGCCACAAGCUUGUUCCCUGGAGAGGAAACUCAUCGUCCGAACCAAGAGACAGAGCUCGUCCAGGCCCGGAGACCUGGAGGAACCAUCCGACCGAGAGCCCAGGCUGCUGCUUGCUGUCCGAUCACCGUCAGGCCGCAGGUUUGUCCGCCAUUUCCGGCCAACUGACGACUUGCAGACCGUGGUUGCCGUGGCCGAAUACAAGAACAAGACCACCUACCAGCACUGCAGCAUUGAAACCAUGGAGGUGCCCAGAAGAUGCUUCUCUGACCUCUCCAAGUCUCUGCAGGAGUGCAGAAUCCCCCACAAGUCUGUGCUGGGCAUCUCGCAGCAAGAUGGGGAGGGCUGGCCCUGAGUCUGCAGCCACCUGCUGAGGUUCCCGGUCUCUGAGCGAGGAGCCUGCUUGGUUGCCAAGGCCUCCCAGGCCGCUCGGCUUCACGUGCCAUGUGAACCUGGUGCCACCAUCAUUCCCCGGACUCUAUCUUCAGAGUCUCGCCUCCGAAGCAAUGACAUUUGCACAUGCCCCGAGUGAGCUCCGAAGAGUCGCUUCCAGCUGUUAAAUUCUCUCCACCUGUGGAGAGAGCUGGCACGUUACCAAGGCUGUCCCUGAAACAGCUGUGACGAGGGCGCCCUUGCAAGAGCUGGGUCCUUCUGGAGGGACGGCUUGUCUUCACAAUGGACUCACACGCCUGAAGCCAGCGGCUUGCCUUUCUGUAUUCGAUACAGGAUUAGACACUUCCCAGAGGAGGUUCUAGUCUGGUAAAUAACCAGGGUUCAGGAAAUGUCAAGCUGGCAUUUGCAUUUCUUGCAAGUAUCUUUAGGAAACAGGCGUUGCCCUGCUUGGAAGCAGCCCCUGUGCUGGGCUUGGGGGGCUAGUUUCUUGGGGACAACUGUUUUUAUGAGGCGGCUUCGAAGGAAAGCACAGGCCUUUGCUAAAACAAAUCCCCCGAUACAGCGGCAUUUCUAAAACAGUCUGAGAGCUGGAAAGCAAAUCUCUUCACCACCAUGGAUUAGUCUGUAGCUACUUUUAAAUAGAGACUGAGCAGAUUUCCAACUUUCAGUAGCUGCUUUCUAUGAGAAAAGCCAAUGUUCUCUGAUUUCCUUUGCUAAAAAAUGGUCCGAGCCCACGAGCCUGCAGCAAUCUGUCCUGAAGCCCCACCUUGGCUCUCUGGGUGUGGACGUGUCUCAUCCCCCAGUUUCAGUGUCUUGCCUACUUCAAACACACGCCCUGUCCCCUGCUUUGGAGUCCUCUGGACGUGGUGUCACUCUGCUGCGCCCCUGCCCAGGGGCCACGUGCCCAAGUGUCUGGCUCCCUCAGCCCAUCACUGUGCUGAAGACCACGGUGGUCUUUUUCCAGUUCUGAAAUGGUGACGUAGACAAUUUGCCAAAGCUCUCUUGUGCUGCAAGCUCAGCAGGACGCCCACGUCUCAUCUGGAGCCCGUGUGAGGCCAAAGCACCAUUCAGAGAAGGGAACACUGUGCCCCCGAGCUCAGCCCCCAUGGAGCUGAGUACUGAGGUGCAGUACCCGGAAGGGACAGAGUUCGAGACUGAGUAUCAAUGUUGCUGUCUCAGCAACAAGCGCUUCUUGUGCAGACAAGGAAUGUUGCUGGCAAGGUUACUUCCAGCAAAUCGAUAUUCAGCCCAGGAGAUCAGCCCCACCGUGGGCUCCGCCUAAGAGGCACUGCCUUGUCCUGUGCACCCCCUUCCUCACCCCCCACUAUCUCAGGUCACUCCAGGAUGUGCUACUUCCCAGUGUUUUCCAAAAUUUCAUAACACCAUCCUGACUGCGGUGUGCCUGGGGCCUGCCCAGCCGGUGCCUCUCCCAGUUAGCGGCAGGCAGAGGGACCAGGCCGGAGCUCCUAGCACAGGAACGCCGCCUCUCACCCAGACUCAGCACAGAACUCUGCCUCCGAUCUGGGAUCUGGGAGGCCGGGAAAGAGCCUCCCACAAAGGCACACCUACUCUAUGGUAAGAAUAAAGUCCCGCCCACCUGGGACUCAGCAAUCUCCCCAGGCAGGCGAUCUGCAGAAAGCAUCUUGCAGUGGGGCUUGCUAGAAGGAGUUGCAACCUUCUGCACUUAGGGCUUUGCUGCUGCUACGUAGCUUAGAAUUUGGGGUGGGGAAAAAUGGAAGACGUGAAGCAUAGACACAUUUUAGGGUAUGCAAAUAAAGCUAGAUUGGAACCAUCUUAAUAAACGUUUUUUGGACAAAUGAUGAUACAAUAAAAACUGAUUUGUGUGAA